AUGAGGAACUCGGCCAUGGUGCACACAACCGCGAGCUACGACACAUAUGGUACCGCCCACGCGUACACCAUUCGAGCCAUGCGGCAUAUGAUCAACAACGGCGUUCUUGGAAUCGAGCACGGAAAUUUCCUAGACGAGGACCUUGCAGAGCUCAUGGCCGCAAAGGCCGUUCUCGGUUCGGGCUUGAACGCUCUGAAAGUUGCCUACGAAGCUGGCGUGACGACAUGUUUCGGCUCAGAUCUCAUUGCUGGGAUGCAUCAGUUCCAACGAAGAGAGUUUACAAUCCGAUCUCAAGUGCUGCCUGUGUUGGCAAUUCUUCGCAGUGCCACCAUAAACUGUGCCAAAAUGAUGCGUCGAGAGGAUCGGAUUGGUCACAUAAAGGAGGGCUUUAUGGCUGACAUGGUGGUUCUGAUGGAGAAUCCUCUGGUGGAUAUUACAGUCUUGGACAGCAAGGAGAAGUUGCUUGCAGUUAUCAAAGGAGGUCAUAUUGCAUUUAGCAGUGUUAAGGAAUUGCCUGUUACAAUCAACAGAAAGCCAUGGUAG